AUGUUGGACCCCACACCCGACUCUCUGAUUAGCCUCGAUGACGGCAAGAAGUACUGGGAGGGCAUCGAGCCCACGGUGAGCGGUAUGCUGGGCGGCAAGACGUCGGUGUCUAGGAUCGAUCUCCAAGGGUCGCGAACUUUCUUGGCACGACUGGGCUAUGGCACGAAGAACGGGCGGCAAAAGGCCUCCAGGGCUCUUGAAGGAGGAGCUGGUAUUGGAAGGGUCACCGAGGGGCUUCUACUGCGGCUGGUUGAGCAAGUAGAUAUUAUCGAGCCUGUGUCUAAGUUUACUGACGUGCUUGUGGGAAAGCCGGGUAUUGGGGGGAUUUACAACAUCGGGCUCGAAGGGUGGCAGCCUGCCGAGAGCGUCCAGUAUGAUCUGAUAUGGAUUCAAUGGUGCGCUGCAUACCUCCCCAACAAGGAGUUCUUGGAGUUUCUGGAGACUUGUAAAGCUGUAUUGAGUCCAGACGGCGUGCUGGCUUUUAAGGAAAAUAUCAGUACGGACGACAACGACGACUUUGAUGCAGAGGAUAGCAGUGUGACGAGGUCAAAUAUCAAGUUUCAGGCACUUUUCAAAGCAGCUGGAUGGCGACUCGUCAGGACCGAACUCCAGAGGGGCAUGCCGCUGGUUGAUGGUCAGAUGUUACUGCCCGUGAUGAUGUACGCAUUGAAGUUGUAG